UUCUCAAAAACAAGAUGAGAGUUCUCCUCUUUCCAAACGAAGUUGUGUGGAUUUUAAUUUGACAGAACUUCCCGCGGAUCCAAGGCUAUGUCCUUCGAUUAUGAAUUGCAAUCCAAAUGAUCGAGACCAAAAACAAGAUGAGAGUUCUCCUCUUUCUAAACGAAGUCGUGUGGAACUCAAUUUGACAGAACUUCCCGCGGAUCCAGGGCUACGUCCUUCGAUUAUGGAUUGCAAUCCAAAUGAUCGAGACCAAAUCCGUAGGGCAUAUCUACAAAAAGGUCCUUGCCAGCCUCAUAACCAUAACUUUUCGAACAAAGCAUUUGGGAAAACGAUGCGGCGUUUUAUUCCGGCUUGGUUUAAAGAAUUUCCUGAUUGGUUAGAAUAUAGCAUUACAAAAGAUGCCGCUUUUUGUCUUUAUUGCUAUCUUUUCAAGCCGGGUAUUGGCGAUCAAGCGGGAGGUGAAUCUUUUGUUGGUAAUGGCUUUUCAAAUUGGAAAAAGAAACGUAGACUACGUACUCAUGUGGGGGGCCACAACAGUGCGCAUACUCAAGCUUGGAGAAAAUGUGAAGAUUUGUUAAACCAAAAGCAACAUAUUGAGACUAUAGUUUUGAAGCAAUCAGAACAAGCUCGGAUUGAUUAUCGUACAAGGUUGAAUGCAUCAAUUGAUUGUGCUCGAUUUCUUCUAAAUCAAGGACUUGCAUUUCGUGGACAUGACGAGUCUGAAUUUUCACGUAAUCAAGGUAAUUUUCUUGAACUUUUAAAGUGGCAUGCUCAACGUAAUCAAGAUGUUAAAGCUGUUGUAUUGGCCAAUGCUCCACAAAAUAAUAAGUUGACUUCUCCUGAGAUCCAAAAAGACAUUGUGUGUGUGGCUGCACGUGAAGCUGUUAAUGUGAUUGUCAGAGAUGUUGGUGAUGCACUUUUUGCUAUUUUGGUUGAUGAAGCCCGUGACAAUUCAAUCAAGGAGCAAAUGGCACUUGCAAUUCGGUAUGUUGAUAAGAAGGGUCAUGUGAUUGAGCGCUUUUUAGGUGUUGAACAUGUUCCUAAUACUAGUGCUAUGUCGCUCAAGAAAGCUGUGGAUAAUUUAUUUUGUAGACUUGGAUUGAGUAUUGGAAGAUUGAGGGGGCAAGGUUAUGAUGGUGCUAGUAAUAUGCAAGGUGAGAUAAAUGGUCUCAAAGCACUCAUACUAAAAGAGAAUUCUUCUGCACAUUAUGUUCAUUGUUUUGCACACCAAUUACAAUUAGCUCUUGUAGCUGUGGCGAAGAAAGAUGACCGUAUUGGAUAUCUCUUUCAGUUAGUCUCUAAAGUUGGGACCGUUGUAGGAGCAUCAUGCAAGCGGCGAGACAUUCUUAGGGAAAAUGAAGUGGAAAGAGUUCUUAAAGCACUUAAUCUUGGAGAGAUUGAAAGUGGGCGAGGGUUGAACCAAGAAACUAGUCUCAAGCGGCCUGGGGAUACACGUUGGAGCUCUCAUUAUAGUUCUUUGGUUAGGUUAAUGGGUAUGUUUGCAUCGGUGAUUGGUGUGCUUGAAAUAGUCGAGGAGGAUGGUACAUACUUGGAACAAAGAUUAGAAGCAACUUCUUUGUUGGAGUCAAUGCAAUCCUUUGAAUUUAUCUUGUAUCUUCAUUUGAUGAGAACAAUAUUGGGAAUUACAAAUGACUUAUCGCAAGCACUCCAAAGGAAAGAUCAAGAUAUUGUUAAUGCUAUGGCUCUACUUCAAUUGUCGAAAGGGUGGCUCCAAACAAUGAGGGAGAGUGGGUGGAUCACUCUAUUGAAUGUUACAUCAUCUUUUUGUGAAAAACAUGAAAUAGUUGUUCCCAAUAUGGAUGAUUUGUUUGUAUCUCGAGGGGGAAAGAGGCACAAAGCUCAUAAGGUGACAAACUUACAUCAUUUCCGUUUUGAGAUAUUCAACUCCGUUAUUGAUUUGCAAGCUAUUGAACUUGAUGCUCGUUUCCCUGAAUCGACUACGGAGUUGCUUCUAUGUGUGGCAUGUCUAAAUCCAUCUAACUUGUUCUCUUCUUUUGAAAAGGAAAAAUUGAUCCAUAUGGCUGAAUUGUAUCCGCAAGAUUUUUCCUCUAUGGACCUCAUGAUACUUGAUGAUCAACUUGAUAAUUACAUUGAUGAUAUGCGCACUACCAUUGAGUUUUCAAGCUUGCAUGGAAUUAGUGAUCUUGCACAGAAAAUGGCGGAGAUUGGAAGACACCGAGCUUAUCCAUUGGUCUAUUUGCUUUUAGUUUUGGCUUUAACUUUACCAGUUGCGACUGCUACAGUUGAGAGGGCAUUUUCGGCUAUGAAUUAUGUGAAGAAUCAAUGGCGCAACCGAAUGGGUGAUGAAUGGACAAGUGAUAGCAUGGUUGCAUAUAUAGAGAGAGACAUAUGUGAAAGCAUUGACAAUGAAACUAUCAUGCAAAGCUUUCAAAACAUGAAAACUCGUCGUGGUCUAUUGUAAAACCUUAGUUUAGUAACUUUUGUUUAUGACUACGGUAGUUUUUGUUAGUAUUUGUGGACAGGUUAUUAACUCUUAUGUGGGUUGAUGAAUAUUUUGGUUUUUGGUAGUAUUGUUGUAUCAUUUUGUUAUAGUUUUUUUUUUUUUUUUAAAGGUGGUGUUUCUGUUAUGCCCCCAGAGGUCUUCAUUCCUUGCUACGCCACUGGUGUCUACCAACUAUCAAAUCCUUUUAACUUUGGAUAUUUGAAAAAGCAAUCAAGUGUCGGCCUCAUUCCAGUUAAAAUUUGACCUAGAGUGAGGAGGCCAGUCCAGUCCAUGUAAAUGGACUCAACCGUCCCGUUGGCCCACUUUUGGGCCCACUCUGGGCAUAUUUCGUUGAUAGAAAUCGUUCACUUUUUAGAUCUCGUCGAGACCAUCAACUACGUCAAAGAUCCAUUGAAAUGAGCACUUAUAUGCUGAGAUAAAUAGGUUAAAUGAGUUGUGAUCCGUAAAUCUUUUCAGGGGGCGGAUCUCACAAAAAUGUAGGGUGGAUAAGGGUGUUGGGACAGGGCACCACGUGAGGGUGCCCCAAGACCACUAAUCGGACAAGAAUAAAGAGAAUGUGUUAAGAAAUGGCUCACUACCAGCCUAACAUAAAAGAGAAUUUCACAUCAAAUAAUGAUUAUAGCAUCAGAGACCAAAAACCUAUAAAAUACUUCACCUGAGGGACAGUUAGAAUGUGUUCACUGACCGACAUAUGCUGAAGAAAGGAUUAAUUAAGAGCACAAGUCAGGUGUCAGAGAAUUCUAAACAGAAGUGCAAUGUCACAUAAUGUAGACUG